AUGGCCACGACGUCGACCACGUCGACCACCUCAACGCCAACCACGGCUGUCAUCUCUUCCACCGCCGAACUCGAGGAAUUUCUUUCUUCUAUGCCGUCUUCCAGCACACUCUACCUGGAUCUGGAAGGAAACCGCCUCUCCCGACACGGAACCAUCUCCCUCAUCACUAUUCUCCUCCAUCCACAGAAGACGGUGAAACUCAUUGACGUCUUGUCCCUUGGGGAGUCGGCCUUCACCGUCACAUCUGGAGACGGCAGGUCCCUCAAGUCCAUUUUCGAAGACCCUAGCAUCCCAAAAUGUCUAUGGGACAACGCGUCUCGUGCUGGUGACAAGAAGUACCUCCACGGAUUGGAUAAAGCCAUCCGGUUCGACCUGAGGCUCGGGUUUAUAGAGCUGAAUUCUUGGAUCCGCUCCAAAAACGAAAUCAAGAGCCUCAUGCCCGCCAAUAUCUUUGCUGCCCAGCCUUUGGAGGCCAGGACAAUCCAGUACUGCACCAAUGUCAUUCAUCUACCGGACCUACACGCUUUCUACCUGAGGCGCAUCAGUCGUGAUUGGCUUGCGAAAGCAAGGGAGGAGAGUUCGCGCCGCGCGACCGAGGCGCACUCUCCCGAAUACGAACCUGAGUCGCCGACGAAGAGGCUAGAACCGUGGGGGUCGGGGAACGUCCUAUCGUUGGACGAUUGGCUUGAAGAGUUGGAAGAUCAACACAUGGAAGACCUUUCACGGGACAUGCUCGGAGAUGACGGUCAUUGGGACUUCGAGGACGACUCGCCGACCAGCUGCAGGGACAUCAUCAGCGAAAGGGACUACUACCUUUACUAUUCCGACUGA